AGAUCCUGCGAGCAGUAGAAAACUCCCAAAUGUACAUUCUUAUAUUCUUCAAAGACUAUGCUUUGAGUAAAUGGUGCCUGCGAGAGCUAACAUGUAUGGUGGAGUGCACUAGCCAAUCCACGGGUAAAGAGAUACUGCCCAUCUUUUACGACGUGGAUCCCUCGGAUGUUAAGCUUGAAACGGAGCUGUACAAAAGCGCCCUAGGGAAGCAUGAGGAGGAGCAUGGCUACGCUCUAGCGAAGCCUUGGAAGGAGGCUUUGGCAACGGUGGCAAGAAUCAAGGGAUGGCAUAUUAAGGAUCAGAGGCAAGGCAAGGUCAUUAAAGAUAUCAUUCAGAAGAUUAUGCAGAAGAUCACAAUGAGGAAACGAUAUUUGCCCACCAAUCUAGUUGGAAUUGAUGAUCGUAUAGAAGCCAUAAAGAAGCUAUUGAAUUGUGAUGCUAGUGAUGUGCGAUUUGUCGUAAUCCAUGGGAUAGGUGGCAUUGGAAAGACAACUCUUGCCAAGGUAGUUUUCAACCAACUCUCCUCUAUUUGA